GAGCUGUUUAGUUUCGAUCCAGUCGCGGUGCGCGGCCGUGGUCCUCAAGUCCCUCAAGAUGAUUGUUUUUAUUUUAACAUUCAUAGUGAUUGCGCUUUCAUGGCUAUACUAUGUUACUACGAGAAACCACAACUACUGGGACAAGAAGAAAGUGCCGUACCUAAAGCCAAAGCCGAUCCUUGGAAAUUACGGAGAUUACAUUCUAUUGAAGAGAUAUAUAGGAGAAAUAGCGCAGGACAUUUGCAGAACUUUCCCUAACGAGCCUUACGUAGGGACGUUUUACGGCUCGGACCCAGCUCUCCUGGUGCAAGACCCUGAAAUAUUAAAGCUUAUUCUGACCAAGGACUUCUAUUACUUCAGCAGCCGGGAGGUGUCCAAGUACACGCACAAUGAAGUUUUCACGCAGAACCUGUUCUUCACUUACGGGGACAGAUGGAAGGUCAUCCGUCAGAACCUCACUCCCCUCUUCACGACAGCGAAAAUGAAACUCAUGUUUGGCUUGAUAGUAGAAUGCUGCCACACCUUCGAAAAGUCACUGGACAUGGAGACAAGCGUAUCCGAUGUCAUUGAAGCAAGAGCGCUUACUGCUAGGUACACAAUUGAAUCCAUUGGAUCUUGCGCUUUUGGGAUUGAAACCAAUUCAAUGUUGCAAUCUGAACAAAAUCCUUUCAUCCUCAUGGGCAGUAAGAUUCUCGAAAUCUCCGUAAUAAGAGCUUUGUUGUGGAAUGCAAGAGCUAUGUGGCCAUCCGUAUUCUAUGGCGUGGGACUUAAGACUUUCCCUGAAGAAAUUAAUACGUUCUUCAAUACUAUUCUGACAAAUAUUUUCAAGGCCAGGGAUUACAAACCGACAGCCCGAAACGAUUUUAUUGACUGCAUUCUGAAUCUGAAGAACAACAAAUACAUUACUGGAGACAGCAUAAGCAGCGCUAAGGAUGGGGGGAAUAAGAAGGUUGUGUUGGAUGUGGACGAUGACCUGAUGGUGGCUAGCUGUGUGUUGUUCUUUACUGCUGGCUUCGAGACCUCGGCCACGGCGAUGGCAUACACUUUAUAUGAACUGGCGAAGCAUAAGGAGGAGCAGAGACGCGUUCAAGAAGAGAUAGAUGAGUAUUUGAAAGCGCGUGAGAAUAAGUUGGGCUAUGAUUGCGUGACCUCGCUGACGUAUACAGAAGCUUGUGUUGAUGAGGCGCUGCGUUUAUAUCCCGUGCUUGGAGUCCUGACGAGGGAGGUGGCGGAAGACUACACGUUCCCGUCUGGCCUGACUUUAGAGAAGGAGAGUCGCGUGCACAUUCCUAUGUACCACCUGCACCACAAUCCAGAUUUCUUCCCGGAUCCUGAAGCGUUCAAGCCCGAGAGGUUCCUGCCUGAAAAUAAACAAAAUAUCAAGCCUUACACAUACAUUCCCUUCGGGGAAGGACCGAGAAUCUGUAUUGGUCUGAGGUUUGCGAAGAUGCAAACUCUGGCUGGUCUGCUGACGAUCCUCAAGAAGUACUCCGUGGAACUGGCGGAUGGCACUCCCGAGAAGCUCCAGUUCGACCCACGGGCGAUCGUGACGACUCCCAUCGGUGGGAUCCCACUCAAGUUCACGCCCAGAGACGGUUGGAAACAGAGGACCUUUAACAAGUAAUGCUAAGUGCCAAAUGAAUGCGAGUAGGUAGAGUAAACCAAUGGUUGGGGGCAUGUAUACCCGUAGGUAUAAUAUGUAUAUACAGUAUGUCCCAUAAACAAUGGAUGACCUUACAACUAUCGAUCUCUAUAAUAUCAAAAUUUUCAACUCAGUAAAAAUACACAGAUUUA